AUGAACGGGGGUGCAACCGUUCUGGCCCGGCUAACGGGCGGCAGAAGGAGCGUCUGUAACCUCUACAGCAGGCACAUCCAGAUAGACGGGGAGGUGCUGGCCAUCCAAGUGCAAGACACCCCGGGAGUUCAGAUCCACGAGCACAGUCUGGACUGUAACGAGCAGCUGAACAGAUGCAUUCGCUGGGCAGACGCCCUGGUGAUCGUCUUCUCCAUCACAGACUACAAGAGCUAUGAACUCCUCAGUCACCUUUACCAUCACGUUCGGCAGCUGCACCCGGGGAACGCCGUCCCCGUCGUCAUCGUAGCAAACAAAGCCGACCUCUUGCAUGUCAAAGAGGUGGAGCCGCAGCACGGACUUCAGCUGGCCAACAUGCUGGGCUGUACUUUCUACGAAGUGUCGGUCAGCGAGAACUAUAACGACGUCUUCAACGCCUUCCAUCUCCUCUGCAAAGAAGUCAGUAAGCAGCCAGCAACCAGCACCCCGGAGAGGAGGAGAACUUCCCUCAUCCCGCGCCCGAAGUCGCCCAACAUGCAGGAUCUGAAGAGGAGGUUUAAGCAAGCCCUGUCUGCCAAAGUGAGGACCGUCACUUCCGUUUGA